GAAGCCUAGGAACCCACUGAAAGAAACAUUCAGUCACCAGGAGUCAAACUAAAUUGUCCAUUUACUCCUCUGUGGAAUAGUCGGGAGAUUUUCACGCUAUGUUAAUUGAGGAGCGUAUAGUAACACUUUUCAAAAGAAACUGUCAUCAUACACUGACGUACUGGAGUUUGUUCUGGAGUUUUGGACUUAGCAUAGCCUUCCUGGGGCCUACAAUCCUAGAUCUGAAAUGCCAGACGGGUUCCACGUUACGGGAGAUCACCUGGGUGUUCUUCUCACAGCAGCUCUGCCUGCUCAUCGGGAGCUCCACUGGAGGGAUUUUCAAAAAAACGUUGUUCAGAGCCCUCACUGCUCUCUUUCUAUCUGCCCUCAUCAUCUCUGUGGUUUUUGCUAUCAUCCCACUUUGCUAUAAUGUGCUGUUGCUGGCCGUUGCUAUGGCAGUGUCAGGCUUGGCCAUGGGCAUCAUCGACACUAUUGCAAACAUCCAAUUGGUGUCCAUUUAUCAGAAGGACUCUGCUAUCUUCCUGCAGGUACUGCACUUCUUCAUUGGGCUUGGUGCUCUGGUGAGCCCCCUGAUUGCUGACCCAUUCAUAUCAGGGCACUGCCCGAGCAGGAACGGUACAGAAAAUUCUACAGAGAUUUUUCAGCACUUCAGAUACAGCCUGACAGCCAGCUUCAGGUCACCAGUGAUCCUUGAAAAUUCCCCACACACCGGACCAGUUGAGGAGAAGGCCAGUGUGUCAUAUGCCUUCUGGAUUAUGGCCCUCAUAAAUCUGCCUGUGCCGAUUGCAGUUCUUGUGUUGAUGUACCGAGAGAAGCUGCUUCCCUUUUGCCCAAACAGCACUCCACAGCUGCUGGACAAGGAUGAAUUAGCCAUGGAGACUCAGGCACCAGGGAGCACAGAGACACCUGAUUCAAGUGCUGAAGUUACAGCACAUGGAGAUCUCUUUAGCUGCUGUAUGAAUGAAAACCUGCGUGGGUUACCCGUCACAUUUUUUGGUAUCCACAUCUUGGGCGGUCUGGUCCUGCUUAUGACAGAAGGCAUUAUGGGGGUUUUUGCCGGCUUUGUUUACACAUACGCUGUUUCAGCUCCCAUGUCACUGCAAGCUAAAAUGUCAGCAUACCUGAACUGUGUCUUCUGGGCAGCUGUCACAGCUGGACGGCUGGUGUCCAUCCUAUUAUCAUACCGCUUAAAACUGGUCCACCUGCUCAUGAUCAACCUGGCUGGUGUGAUUGUAACAGUACUGCUGUUGCUGAUUCUCUACACAAACAAAGUGUUUCUCUUUGUGGGCACAGCCUUGGUUGGUCUUUUCCUCAGCAGUGUUUUCCCUUUCAUGCUGGCUUACACUGAGGACAUCCUGGACUACCAGGGAUGUGCAACACCAGUCUUAGUAACCUUUGCUGGAAUGGGUGAGAUGUCCAUGCAGGUGUUGGUUGGAUCACUGAUUCAGACAGAAGGCAGUUAUAGUUUUAUGGUGUGUAGCAUGGUCCUCGGCUGCCUUGCCUUUAUAUUCCUCCUUGCCUUGAUCCUGUGCCACCACAUCCACAGAAAUCUCACAGGAACUUCUAAAAAAGCUGCUAUGGUAGAAGACCCACCAGUACCCACUGUAGCACCCGCUUCAGAGAAAGCUGUGAUAGAACGGAAACUUGCUGUAACACAACCAGAACCAACAACAUGAGACUCUGUAUGAAACUCUUCAUGGUUCAUAACAAGCUGGAAAAUCUUAAAGGGAUAGUUCACCAAAAAAUGACAAUUCUGUCAUUAUAUACCCUGAUGUUUUUCCAAGCCCUUCUGACUUAAAUUCUUCCAACACAAAAGAAGACAAUUAGCAGAAUAUUAGCCGCAGUCACCAUUCACUAUUGUUGCAUCGUUUUUUCAAAUCAUUGAAAGUGAACGGGGACUGAGGCUGUCAUUCUGCCUAACAUCUCCUUUUGUGUCAAUGGAAGAAAGUCAUACAGUUUUGGAACAACAUGAUGGUGAGGAAAUAAUGACAAAAUUUUCAUUUUUGGGUGAACUAUCCCUUUCACUGUACUGUUAAACUGUAAACAUUGAAAGCAAAUGCCCUUUUGGUUUCAUUAUCAUAUUUGUGUAAAUAAAACCUUUGCAAUAUAAUACAAACACUAAUGCAAUAUAAACUUUGUGUAUUCUGCUAAGUUUGUUAUUAUCUGUUAUUGUGUUGUAUUGUUUGUUUCAAAGUUUCGCACAAAUAAUUCUGACUGAUUAUUUUAUUAUUGUUUUUAAUUAUAAAAAUGAUUGAAACAAAAGACUAUCAAAUGUGAUAAAUGUUUAAGUUCUGUUGGGAUGCAUUUAAGGCAUAAAAAGUGAAAUAUAAAUAAAAUUGUUUUGUACUUCA